GCAGCAGCAGUUCGAUGUUUCACCGCAAAGAGGACAAAUCAGGACUCUGUCUGUUUGAGACCGAAACAAGGACCAAAGGCAGACAGACUGACUGGAGGAUAAUGAAAGCGUGUGUCUGAGGCUGGAAUAAGAAGAUACACACUUUGCAGACAUUCACAUUUUUUGGAUCCAACAAAUUGAGUGCUGCAUUGGACCUGGAUCAGUGUGUUAAACAUGAGGGACCAGAAAUCAAAUCAGCCCUUCCUGCUCCUGCUGCUGAUGCUGAUGCAUCCCAACAGGCUGUCUCAGCUGUGGGCAUUUCCCUUCAGCCCCUCUCUGGACCUGGACGUCACUCCCAGGACGACUAUUUUCAAUAAAGGAAUGCUGAGCAGCAAUGGUUUCACGGGCUCAUCCCAGAACUACAGUACCCUGCUGCUAGAGGAGGAGACUGGGCGUCUCUAUGUGGGAGGCAGAGGAGCUUUAUAUGCGCUGAACACCUCCAACAUCUCCACAUCUGCAAACCUCACUAUUGAUUGGAUUGCCAGCCCCGAACAGAAGAAGCAGUGUUUAAAUAAAGGCAGAAACAAUCAGACAGAAUGUUACAACCACAUCCGCUUCCUGCAGCGAUUCAAUGAAACUCACCUGUACGUCUGUGGAACAAAUGCCUUCAGACCUCUCUGUGCUUACAUAGAUACAGAAAGGUUUAACUUCUCAUCUGGUUUUGAAGAGGGAAGAGACAGAUGUCCAUAUGACCCAGCUAAGGGAUUCACUGGCCUCCUCAUUGAUGGUGAAAUGUUCACAGCCUCUCAGUAUGAGUUUCGGAGUUCACCCGACAUCCGCAGAAAUUUCCCCUUCCCUACUCUCAGGACAGAGGAGGCUCCAACCCGCUGGCUUCUGGAGGCAGACUUCGUGGGCUCUGUGCUGCUGAAGGAGAGCAUCAACAGCUCCAUCGGCGAUGAUGACAAGAUCUACUUCUUCUUCACGGAGAGAAGCCAGGAGCAGAUUGCUUAUCCCAGUCAGACCAAGGUGUCUCGGGUCGCUCGAGUCUGCAAGAAUGACUGGGGUGGCCAGAGGACUCUGCAGCGGAAGUGGACCACCUUUCUUAAGGCCAGAAUGGUGUGUUCAGUCCCAGAGUAUGAGCUUCACCUCAAUGUCCUGCGUGAUGUGUUUGUCCUGCAGGGGAGAGACGUGCAAAGCAGCAUCUUUUAUGGUGUUUUUGGCUUGGAAUGGAAGAAUAUCAAAGCAUCCGCCAUCUGCCAAUACGCCUUCUCAGAUGUGCGCAGAGUGUUUGAAGGACCAUUCAUGGAGGUGCAGGACUCGAAGUGGAGGGAAUAUACAGGAAAGGUUCCAGAACCAAGACCUGGAUCAUGUAUAACAGACGUACACAGGUCCCAGGGCAUAAACUCCUCUCGAGACCUCCCAGAUAGCGUGCUCACAUUCGCCAGGAGGCAUCCGCUGAUGGCUAAGCAGGUUCACCCAGUAGACCUGCGGCCACUUAUGUUCAAGAGGAGCGUCAACUACGUCAAGAUCGUCGUGCACAAGGAGCCGGCGUUAGAUGAAAACCUUUACACUGUCUUGUUUCUGGGAACAGAUGAUGGGUGGUUGCACAAAGCUGUGGAAGUCGGUGGACAGAUGCAUAUCAUAGAGGAGCUGCAAAUAUUUGCCAAACCACAGCCAAUAGAGAGCAUGGUGAUAUCUGCAGUACAGAGAAGCAUCUACAUCAGUUCCUACUCUGGCGUGAUCCAGGUACCAAUGUCCACCUGUCCGAGAUACACUUCCUGUUACGACUGCAUAUUUGCCAGAGACCCAUUCUGCGGCUGGGAUGGAAGAGUGUGUGUGGAAAUAUCGUCACGUUCACAGAGGUUAAACUUAACGCAGGACAUCUCUAGAGGAACCAGAGGCUGUAAAGAGAAUCCAGGAAAUGUGAUCCAUCGGAGACGGGCUGUGAUGUCGGGGGACGAUGUGUUGCUCCAGUGUGAGCUUCACUCCAACCUGGCAACUCCACGCUGGACGCUAAAUGGCAAGGAGCUCCAGGGAUACGGGUUGAACACGGGCUACCGCAUUGGGACGGACGGGCUCCUUAUAAUAGGGGCUCGCACGCAGCAAGGUGGCUCAUAUCGCUGCUUUGCAGUGGAGAACGGAGUCUCAGUGCUGGUUUAUCUUUACACAGUGAAGGUUCACACAGAUCCAUACUUCCCAGUGGAGCCCACAGACUCCACAGAACCCACUACUGUCUCCAGCCCAGUGGUUUUCUCCACCGCCAGUCCCACUGAGCAGCCUCUGCCCUCACCACCAGCACCGCUGCCGCCUGGACCCAGAUUCCACGCCUACAUACACAUGGAGGCCAUCUACAUAUCUUUGGUGGCGGUUCUAGGAGGGCUUUGCUUAGUGUUAACUGUGGUGCUACUUUACGUAAGCUUCUGCACCAGACGGGCAAGUCGGAGUAGGAAGUUCUCCCAUCAGAACCUCCAUGUUCUUGGGGCCUCGGAUAGAAAGAGGAGCUCCCACCUGGAGCUCAAAACCAUCUCCAGCCACUGCAACGGACGCCAUAGUCGGCGCUCCAUCUCGGUGCCGACCUUCGGGGACUUUAACGACAGCUUCCUGCAGAUAAUUCCCGGCGACGACCAGAUGUCUCCGGCCAAAACGCCGCCGCCAGCUCCCCCUCUUCCCAAUCCGCCUCCGCUUCCGAACAUGGACUACGCCAAUGGGCUGUCGGCCACGCUGCCCAGUGUGCUGAGGAAGAUGAAUGGAAAUAGCUACGUGCUGCUGAGGCAGGCCGACCCCGAGGGCAUGUCACCGCUCUAUCACUCAUUCACGGAGGAGCUCAACCGGAUCCUGGAGCAGAGGAAACACACACAGCUGGACAUGCAUCCCGAUGAGAGCUCCAUCUAGGACGCUUCGGUCAACAUUUUUGUCCAACUUACUUAUUUUCAACCCAACCGAGAUGUUCGGUUGUGGGAAAAGCUGAAAUUUUGCCAUUGCUCUGCAAGAUGUAGGACUUGUCGCAGCUUGAUUCAAAACAUGAAAGUUCCUGCAUCUGGAGAGAGUCCAUGAAUUCUCUUUAUGAUGGACCAAAAGAACCAGAGUGACUGAAACAAGCUUAGCAGCUGUGAAGAAUUUGCACUAAAAUAAAGCAAAUGGGAGAGGGACGAUGUCACCUCAUUAAACUCUGUGGAGGUUUAGGGAUGAUGGGAGUUGCAUUGCAAUGAAUCACUGGAUUUUUUUUUUUUAAACAAUUGAGAUUUUUGAGAUGUUUAAACAUUGUGUAUCAUUUAUUCUGAGUAGCACAAAGGGAUACUCUUCUCCAUAUGGAUGUGUAGAAAAAUAAUGUUUUUUUGCUAGCAUUAAUAAGUUUGAAUCCUGAGAACUGAGACCUUUGUACACUAUGUUUUUUUUUUCUGUCUCUACUGCCUGGACAGCAGGAAGUGAGGUUUUUCAUAAAAGUAGAGGUUUCAAUUUUUCUGAUUUGAGAUAACUAUUUAUUUUUGGCUGAAAUGGUGAAAGUUUUUGAAACUCAUUUGUUACAGUACAACCACAAACUAUUACAAAUAUUUUUGUUAUUUACCAAUUGUGAAUCAGAAGGAAAGUAACAGGUUGUAGAAAUACAAUCUGAGAAGUGUGCUGUACAUUGAUAUUCAGCUCUUAUGAGUCAAUGCUACCUUUCAUAUAGCUGCAGUUGCAAGUCUUCAGAGGUUUGCCUCUACCAGCUUUGCAUAUCUAGAGACUGAAACUAUUGACUGUUCUUCUUUCCUGCUGAAAAGUGAACCUUUGCCUCUGUCUCAAGUGUUUUGCAGCCUUUAACAUGUUUUCUUCUCUUGCCCUGUGUUUAGUUCCAUCCAAUCUUCCCAUUUAAAGUCUUACUCCCUGAUAAAUAAAAGCAUUCCUACAGUAUGAUGCUGCCACCACAAUAAAUCAGGCCAAAAACAUCAGUUUUGCCUGAGCUUUGAUGCAAGAGCACUGGAUUCUAGCAAUGUCAGAGUAAAGACACUCAUAGACCAUCCUUAGAGAGAGUCUCGUUUCCUGCUACAAAAAAAUCCCUCUUUGUUUCUUAAAACCUAUAUUUUGUUCAGAUAUUAUCACUAAUAUGUUUUUUUUCAGACUUUAGAACAUUUUAUUGAGCUGCAAUAAUUCACAACCACCAAAAAAGUGUUUGAAGCAAAAACUGUACAUGCUUUCUUAAAACCACCGUUAUUUUUGAAAUGUGCAAUCAAAUUCAAAUUACAGGUGGAAAACAUGAAAGCUUCUGUGGAGAGCUAAAAGUUUAAGUGAUUGUCUUCCAGAAUAUUUCCUGCUGUAGAUGUCAGUUCUCACUAUUUCUUAGUUAUUGUCAGGAAGUCUUGAACCUCUGUUUUCCCACUCUGAACGGAAAGGAAACUUGGAGUCAAAGACGAAUCUGUGACACAACCACAAUAGAUUGUAAAUUUUUUGUGAAAUUAGCAUUUUGCUUGUAGUAUCACUUGAGAAAUUUUGUAUGAAACAUAUAUUUCUGUGUGUUCAUUUCAAACACUAUUUUGUUUUUUCUCUUGUUUAAAUACUUGCUUCCUUUCAUGGGCUCAGUAUAUUGUGUCUGUAAAAACAGCUGCUGCUGGGCUAUUGCUUGUUUCUGCUUUCCGCCAUUUAUGUGGGGGGGAGGGGGGGGACUGCAUUUAAGGAAAUGUGUCGUGUGUGAAAGGAGGAGUCAGUAUUCAGCUGGAUUAACUGAUUUAUCUAAAUGCUGCAGACGGACUUUGUGGCUUUUAAAAAGCACAGCGCACUCUGAAGAAAAAUUGAUAAAACACUGUCAAUACGUUUCUUAUUCAUGGCUAUGACUCUUCCCACAUUUAAACUGCAGGCAACUUUUGCUUCCAUUUCUCUGCACACUUACAUACCAGCAUUCAUAAAUAGAGAAAGUAAUAGUCACAGGGCAGCAAUUACAUAUUUACACAAGGAGCAUCAUCAGCUGAGAAACAUUUUUACAUGUCAAUAUUGAUAAUUUAUAUUUCAUUGUAAUUUAGUCACUUUUUUUUGCCUUGUUCUAUUUAUCGCUAUUGUAAUCAUUUCUACGAUUAUCCCGACCCCUUUGAUUUUUGCCCUCCAUAUCUCUGCCAUCUUUUCCUGUUAGUUCAAUGUAAUAUCACAGAAGAAAAAACACUGUUUCGGAAUUAAAGAAUGUCUGUUUUAUCCUGAAAUCAGUACAAAUAAAGUAUUAGCACAUAAGUUUGUCCUCUGCAGUAAAAAGAGAGAGGAGAAAAAGCUGCAGGUGGCGAAUUUUAGACCGGACAUGCAGUGUGAUGCCAAAAAAACAACCAAAAGUUGCAGAGCUCAUAGUAUUUCCGUGGCAAGGUGAGCAUCCCUGUGAUUAAAUAGAGACUGUAUAAUAUACGAUGACUGAAAUGAAUCUGUGAGCAGUUUGUAAACACGUCACGGUCGUUCGUGAACAAAUGUCUGUCUUCCCAGAAAGGUGUCGAGUCAGCUCUUGUAGCUCAGCAGCAGCAGGCCUCUCUCGUGGCUUGCAGUGCAUAAGUCAGAGCAGCGCAGCCUGGCUCACCUUCACAAAGAGAGGGCAGGAGCAUUUAGGCUUCCUGUGUUCCUGCCAUCUCUGCAGGCUGAUGCAGCCUUUUAGGGUACAAGACCACUUGGUCUUUGUGCACAGAUUUUAUUUCCUUUGCUUGUCAAUUAAAGCCUCUCUCAGUUGCUUUGUACAACAUGGAGCAUUUCUUAACGUUAUCUAUAAAAUCUGAGUUAAUCUGUUGAACAAUUCUUUAGAGUGAUCUAAAUAUAGCAAAACUGUAUAAUUUGAGUGCUAAAGAUUUCUAUCUCACUAAUUGAUGGUCCGCUGUACAAACAUGUUCUUCAUGUCCCUUUAAAGUUUGAGCACAUAAAAUUCAGAGAAAUAUGCUAUCAUUGAACUGCAUUGAUUGUAGACAUUAGUUUGGACUGCGUGCAGUUAUGCUAUGGUUGAUUUGCCACAGAAAUCAGAUCUGGAAAUGAGGCCUCAACCCAGUUUGGCUUGAACCAGCUGCAACUCAGGAAACUAUUUGGGACAGCUACUUGUCGAAUAGCUAAUUACUAUAACCAAUACAAACCAACGACAACAUAUUAUUUUUCCUUUUGUGGAAAUAUUUAAAGAACAUGGUCAGAUGUGAGGAUUGCAAAAUACAAUUUGUACCACUGACUUGAUGAGAUGUAAGCCACCGCAGGUACAAAUUAAGGGUUUCAUCCUGGUUUUCAAAGUACAUUUUUUGUUUUUCAUAGCCAACCCUAAAUUCAUUUCAGAUUUUGACUUUCCACAAAAGCAUUUUAUUGAUCCAAGUUAAAACUUAGACAACCUGGCCAUCAAAAAAUACCACUGUUCAAACAACUUCUAACUGAUUCACAUUAUGCAUAGUCUCAUGAAUCAAACAUACUGGGAAUGUCAUCAUAUCAGUAUUGCGUGCGUUUGAUUUGCAAAUUGGAAAACCAGUGGACUUAUUUUUAAUUAUUUAUUUUCGGUUCAGACACCGUACAUUGCUUGUUAUUGGUUUAUCAAGAUGCAAACAGCUGUUGCACAUGUGGGACUAGUGAGAGUAGGAAGUAUAAACUAUUUUGUUGUUUUUAUUUCUGAUGGUUUGCAUCCGAUUAAACCAACAGCACACACAGCACUGUAAAAAGUCCAUUUGUAAACAAGUUUCCUUCUGAUUUGAAUCGCUAAGUACUGAGGCGCUAAGUGUGCUUCAGUGUUCUUAACACCUCAGCAUUUAGCAAAUCCUGCUGGUUUUUUUUUUACUGAGAUCAUAAAAUGCGCUCAAGUCAACUGACAUCUGAUUCCCACAUAAAUUCAAACAGUAUUUCACUAAUCAACUUUUUUUUUCUUUGCCCUUAGGAUUCUUUUGAUUUUGCAGAAAAAAAACCUUUUCCAGAGCAGAUGUAUUUCAUGCUUAAAUCCUUGUUUUCUGUCAAGUUGCUUCUUUUUUAAAAAAAAAAAAAAACUUGUACUCUUAUUAAAUCUCUGCUGCCUCCACAAUUUUCUCUUUCCAUUACUGCUACAUUAAACUUUUAUCCAUUAGCCCCUCCAUUCGCUCUCUCAAGAACCCUGUUGAGUUUAUGAAUGAUUGCUAACCAAAUUGAGCCAGAUUUCCAAUUACAGUUAUGUUUGUGUUUUUGCAGAUGCAGGAAAGAGGUAACGAGUUUCUACGUUGAUGCUCAGCACAUAAUUAAGGAUAUUUUUAUAAUCUAUAAUGCUAUAUAUUUAUAGGGUGCAGUUUUAUUUAAAUCAAAGUUGUAAAAAGUAAAAAGUUGUAUUUUGUAGCACAUGUGAAGUGAUACAACGCUGCUUCCUCUGGUGUUAGAUAAACAGUAAAUUAUUAUGCUCAGUUUUUCUAAUGAACAACUCCUGCAUGUCCAUUCUGAAUCUUAAGCCUCUGCUGCUUCGUUUUGUUUAUUUGAAGUUUGAGUGAAGAAGUCAACAUGUGCAUGUUUUGGUCACUGGAAUUUCUGUUUAAAGAGCAAAAUAUUAAAUUGAAAUACACGGAGGUUUUCAUUAACAUUUGCAUUUAAUGGAAUAUUUUGUCAUUUCAAAUGAAAACUAAACGCCUACAGUUUGUUGUUUAUUUAUUUGUCAUUGGUUUCUCACCAGGACAUUCAGUUACUAAAAUAUACACAUAGCACUGUGUGGAAAACUACAAUGCAAACUUAUAUCUUUGGCUUAAGUCACUGUCAUUUAUUUAUACUUUGUGAUAUAUGUGUGACAAUGUUGCUUGAUUUAUGUAAUGGUUUCCAUGAUCUGUGCUGUUUAUUAAUGUAUAUAUUAAAAAAUGAUGUGAAAUCUCCUGUAAACAGUGA